AGCCCAAAAGGCCCAAAAAGGUUGCACACCACCGCCUCAAUCGGUGCUAUAUGCAUCCAUUGUGAUUACGGUUGACACAACACAAAGGAAAACGUGAUGUGAUGUGAUGUGAUGGAGUCUACAAAGGAACAAUCUGGAAUGCUGCACAAGAUCCUACCUCCACGUCUAGAAGAUGCCGGCCUCGAAGAUCCUGCCCUUCCACCCGAUUCCAUCCACGAAGCUUUUCUGAAGGCCGCCGCCGCCGUCAAAUCACGCGCCGCCUCCAUUUUCUCCUCCACCGACGACGACAACGACGGAGGUUGCGUCAGCGACCCGUGGCCCAGCGCCAAGGACGCCUCCGAUGCAGUCAUCGGAGUCGAAUCGGAAAACGAACCGCCGGGAUCCUGCAUCGUAGAGAGGGGAGUCGAGCCCGUCGCCGACGAAGUCAAAGUUGCUGGUGAAGGAGGCGACGCCUCCGCCGACGUGGUGGUGGAGGGAGGAGACAAAUUAGGAGAGGAUGUGGAAGCGUGCGUUGAUGAGUUGCAAGGGUUGGAUAUCAAGGAUGUGAAGAAAGGUGGAGAAGAAGAUGAUGAAGAAGAAAACAAGAAACCUACCUUGGUUGAAGGCUAUGUGUGAAAAAAGGGUUAAAUCUUUAUGUUCUUGUUCUUUACCCACUUGUACUAGUAGUUUUCUGUAAUAAUCUUUUAAGUGUCUUAACGUUUGUAAUAUGAAGAAAGUUUCUUCAAUGUUCAUAAUCAAUGCCUUCGUUUCACAUAAUCUAUAGUCUUUUUGUAUUACUAUAUAGCUGGCUAAUAUGCUCAUAUUUUAUGAGCUUUUAUUUAGUUAGUCCAAUCUGCUAGAAUCACAUUGUAAGGCUUGUUUUUUGUGUAUGAGAAAAAAAUGUUUGAUUCAGGA